GGUUGCCUGCGAUCUGACUGACUUUCCCGUACGUCAUUCAAAUACGUCUCGUUUAUUGGCUCAUUUUCUCUAAAGUACAGCCUCACAUUUUCUUUUAACCAAUCAGCGGUCUACCAGUGUUGAGCUACAGGACACCCUAACGACUGGAUUUGGCGUUUCUUACUGCAGUAGACAUGACUGAAGGUGCCAUGAUGAAGGAGAACAUCCUGCAGGAAAAGAUGGACAUCGUGAGCGAGAUGAUCACGAUGCUCGCUGCCGGGGAACAGGCUGAGGAACUGGAGCGCGUCACCGAGGUGUGGGCCAAAACCAACCAGCUGAGGGAGAAACAGGAGGAGGAUGUGAAGAAAACCAUACAAGCGUUAUUGGCUAUGAAUGAGGAUGAAGAGCAGAAUGUGAAGAGCAUCAGCCAAUCAGAGGGAGGAAUCCAACAGAAGGAAGCAGAGCUGGAGGCUGAGAAGUGCCAGGCUGAGAAGCAGAGACAGCAGACUGAACAGGGUGUUCAAUCCCUGAUGGGAAAGUUAGAAAAACUGAAGGAAGAAAAGGAGGCAGUAGGCAAGCAGAAGGAGAGUGUCACACAGAACACAACAGAGGCUCUCCCUGAUGUCAGGUAUCUUGCUACGCUGUACACAAAUGUGACCAAGCUGAAAUGGGACUUCAGCUGUGGUCCUGAUGAGAUCAAGGGAUUUGUGACCUGUAAGUCGGACGUGAAACCCUUCUCGCUGAACUCCAAGCAGAACUCCCAGUUCUUCGUGGCAAACUACCUCUGGGACCUCAUGGACGAGACCUUCGACUGAACACUGAUGAUUUUUGCAGAGGCUUCUAAAUACUUACAAAGUCAGAAUAUUUGGUAGAUUACAAUUUUGCCUUGUGCAAGCUUGACUCACUCACUGAAAAACUUGUGCAAACUUUACGUACAGAUUGAGAAAAUAGCUUUUGUGUUAGGAGAGGGACUGAACACUGAAGAUUUCUCCUUCAGAAGUCUUGUACAUAUUAUUACUUACACAGUCAGAACAUUUGGUAGAUUAGAAUUUUGUCCUGUGCACUUUACUUUUCAGACGAAGGAAACAGCUUUUGUGUUAGACUUCAUUAUACCCCCCUCACAUGUAGCAAAAAUCAAUCAGAUGACGAGUCUGCGAGCUCUAAAUUACGAGGCAUG